CGAUCGCAGAGCGAAUCACUUUCAUAUUAAGCUCUUGUCAUCUUGUGCCACGGAAAGGCGUUCACACACAUCACGGGAUAAUCUCGGGCAUUUACCCACAUCAACAAGGGUAGUAGUGUUAGCCACGAAGUUCAACAACAAUGGUGUUUGAAUCUAUGGUCAGUGAUCUCCUGAACAGGUUCAUCGGAGACUAUGUGGAAAACCUCGACAAGUCCCAGUUGAAGAUUGGCAUUUGGGGAGGCAAUGUUGUUCUGGAGAACCUGAAAGUGAAAGAAAAUGCGUUGAGUGAGCUGGAUGUUCCAUUUAAAGUGAAAGCUGGUCAGAUUGGAAAACUGACAUUGAAGAUCCCUUGGAAGAACUUGUACAAUGAUGCUGUAGUUGCAACGUUAGAUGGUCUCUAUCUGCUGGUGGUUCCUGGAGCAACUGUGUCUCAGUUACGUACAUGUCCAUACAAUGAAUCUGACCACUACUCUCUCUCUCUACCUUGUGCUGCUCACCUCACGGGACACGUAGACUCUCAGACGGGAGAGCUGCUGUUUAAUCUGGAAAGUGUUGUGUAUAAGGAGCCUCAGCAUGGCUUUAAGAUUAAAAAACACAAAAAAGGCUUUAAGAGUCUAAAGUCUUUAAAACGCCGUGAAAACAAACAAGAAAAGCCUCAGAAAGAUGAGAAGAAGGACACGUUUGCUGAGAAGCUGGCCACGCAAGUCAUCAAGAACCUGCAAGUCAAGAUCACCAGCAUCCAUAUCAGAUAUGAGGACGAUAUAUUAGACCCCCAGCAGCCCCUCUCUAUGGGAGUCACCCUGGCUGAGCUGAGUCUACAGACGACCGAUGAGAACUGGAAGUCGUGUAUUCUGAACGAGGCAGCCAGGAUCAUCUACAAGCUGGGCCGUUUGGAAUGUCUGUGUGCCUACUGGAACGUCAACAGUCCCAUCUUCUAUAAAGGCUCCUGGGAAGAGAUACUGGAAAAGCUGAAGGACGGCAUCAGCACCAAGGAGCAAGAGAUCAAAGACUACCAAUAUAUUUUCAAACCCAUCUUUGCCUCUGCUAAAAUGGUAAUCAACCCGAGUGCUGAGAUUGAGCUGAAGUCUCCCAAAGCCAGCCUGCAUCUGGAGGUUCAGAAUGUAGCAGUAGAGAUGACCAGACCACAGUACCUAACCAUGGUGGACCUGCUCGAGUCUAUAGACUGUAUGGUGAAGAAUGGACCGUACAGGAAGUUCAGACCUGAUGUACCUGUACACACAAAUGCCAAGCACUGGUGGAAGUACAGUAUGAACAGCAUCCUGGACGUUCACAUCAGACGUUUCAACCAGAUGUGGUCGUGGGCCAACAUCAGGAAGCACCGCCACACUCUGAAGACCUACAGGGCAGCCUACAAGGCCAAACUACUGACAACACAGGGUAAACUCCGAGAGGACCAAGAGAAGCAGAUACAGGACCUGGAGAAGAGCCUGGAUGUCUUCAACAUCACGUUGGCCCGGCAACAAGCACAGAUGGAGGUGAUCCGGUCAGGGCAGAAGGUGGUAGCUAAGAAGGCUGUGGCCGGCCAGAAGCAGGGAGGAGGGUUUUUCAGCAGCUUCUUUGGAAGAAAGGAAGGGAAGAAGAAAGAGCAGGAACAGGAAACCCAGGAGGAAGAGGGUACAGGCAUUGAAGAGUUGAUGUCUGCUGAUGAGAAGGCUAAACUCUACACGGCCAUCGGAUACAGUGGUAGUUCUCACAACCUGGCCUUACCCAAGCAGUACGUAGCAGUGGUGGUGACCUUCAAGCUGUUUUAUAGCCCGUCCAUCACGAGACCCGUACCUAAUCACAACCCAGCACCACCGUCUCCCAGAGACCCGUCCCUAAUCCCAACCCAGCACCACCGUCUCCCAGAGAUCACUAAUCCCACCCAGCACCACCGUCUCCCAGAGACCCGUCCCUAA